AUGGAGGCUGCAACCUCAUCCAGUUUCCUCCCACUAACAACAACGUUCAAACCGCCAAGCUCAUGCAUCAGUGAUCUCUGGGCCGUGCACAGCUCUAGUAGCGGUAGCUCAGGCACCUACACUUGGAUGAAUCUUGGCCCGUCCGACACUGCAGCAUGUCUUCCAUCCGGCUGGGCUACGUCGAGUUAUUACUCGCCGGGCCUAUGCCCGAGCGGAUACGAAAUCGCUACAGCUGUAACUGUAGACAUUGACGUUACCGUAAGGGAAACCCGAGCAACAUGUUGUCCGGUGCAAGGUGAAAACUCUUUCUCCAUCCGUCCUACAACCACAAAUACACUCCCCUGGUAUGACUAUGAAGUGUGCCAGUUCCAACCCCCCGAACAUUAUACAACCAUAUACACUUUUACAUUCUCAACGGACGGGACAACGGCAACAUCAUCGGGCACAAUGAACAGUGCUGGUCUGAUCAAUGCCUACGGUGUCGAGAUUUGUUGGCAAUCGACGGAUUUUUCGACGCCCGCUGCAACUGCUACGCUUUCUACGAGCGCAGCAGUAACUUCGACAUCACAAACAACUGCAGAUGAUCCAUCGAGCUCUGGGCUCUCGUCUGGUGCCAAAGCUGGCGUUGGUGUUGGUGUUGCUAUCGGUGGCAUCUUGAUUAUUGCCGUUGCCUGUACGUUCUUCUUUGCCCGGCGACGAAAGAAGCAGGAUGUAGGUGGAUUUCAGGGCGAUGGAAUGGCUAUGGGAGGGGUGCAGAGUACUGUGCCUAGUGAGUUAGCUGCACUGACGGCCAAAGCGGAGCUAUCGGCUACUUCUGCUAGAUCAGUUAUUGCUGAGAUGGAUGGGAGGUGA